ACUCGUGGUCGAGACCGGGUAAACUCGAGUACGCUCGUCCACCCACAGGCUUAUCGUUCACCGGAUGGGUGUUUGGAUCGAGGCUUUUGUUGUACGAAAGGAAUCAGAGAUCUGAGGCAGGAAAGCGCGAUGGAGACGGAGCGGUGAGGAGGAAUCGAGGCGAGAGGCAAGAAACAAUGGAACGCGUUAUCAAAGCCGCACGGUCGUCCGGAUCCCUUAAUCUCUCCAAUCGCUCACUCAAGGAGGUGCCCGAGGAGAUUUAUAGAAACUUGGAUUCGCACGGGGAGGAUGACAAGUGGUGGGAGGCUGUGGAAUUGCAAAAGCUGAUUUUGGCUCAUAACAACCUUGAGGUGCUGAACGAGGAUUUGAAAACUUUGAAUAUGCUGACUGUCUUAAAUGUCAGUCACAAUAAACUAUCUUCGCUUCCGAUAGCUAUAGGAGAGCUUCCAUUGUUGAAGGCUCUGGAUGUGUCAUUUAACUUGAUAACAAGCAUUCCUGAAGAGAUCGGCUCUGUGACUUCUUUGGUCAAGCUAGACUGUUCAAGUAACCAACUUAAAGAACUCCCCUUCAGUCUUGGAAGGUGCUUAGAUUUGUCAGAACUUAAGGCAUCAAAUAACUGCUUGACGAAAUUGCCAGAUGAACUUGCCAACUGUUCCAAGUUGAUUAAACUGGAUGUUGAGGGAAACAAGCUUACAUCUUUCACUGAGAAGAUGCUGAUGUCAUGGACUCUGCUGACAGAAAUCAAUGCUGCAAGAAAUUUUCUCACCAGCAUUCCAGAGAGCAUAGGUCUACUUGUAAAACUGAUCCGACUGGACUUUCAUCAAAAUAAAAUAUCAUCAAUUCCAUCUUCUAUCAUGGGUUGCUCUUCGCUUGCUGAGUUUUAUAUGGGAACCAAUUUACUAUCAUCUUUGCCAGCAGAGAUUGGUGCACUUUCUCGUUUAGGGACGUUAGAUCUUCAUUCGAACCAGCUGAAGGAGUAUCCUGUGGAAGCCUGCAAUUUACGACUCUCUGUCCUAGAUCUAUCCAAUAACUCAUUGUCCGGCUUGCCAGCUGAGAUUGGUACAAUGACUUCUCUAAGAAAGCUAUUGCUGGCUGGGAAUCCCAUAAGAACUCUUCGAAGCUCAUUAGUGUCUGGACCCACACCAAUUUUGCUGAAGUAUCUUCGGAGUCGGCUUUCUGCUGAUGAAGAAUCUGGGUCUGGGACUAAAACUAUGAAGGAUGAUCAAAUUGCCAGAGCAACUCGAUUGUCUUUGUCUUCAAAGGAAUUAAAUUUGAGUGGUCUAGGAUUGACCACUGUACCACCUACAGUAUGGGAGACGGAAGAUGUGGUAAGAGUUGAUCUUUCCAAGAACUCGAUUGAAGAGCUGCCAAAUGAACUAUCAACUUGUUCAUCACUUCAGGCCUUAACUCUGUCAUGUAACAAGAUUAGAGAAUGGCCUGGGGCAGUGCUGUCCACUCUUCCUAAUCUUUCUUGUUUGAAGUUGGACAAUAACCCACUAGUACAGAUUACACGCAAUGGCCUCGAAUCCCUUACAAAUAUCAAAAUAUUGGAUUUAAGUGGCAACAAAUCCUCAUUGCCAGAAUCUUUUUCAUUUUCCAGCUUACCACAACUGGAGGAACUUUACUUUAGACGGAUGCAACUCAAUGAAGUGCCUCAAGGCUUGCUGACCUUGCAACGAUUACAGAUUCUUGACCUUAGCCAAAAUAAUCUUGCCUCAAUGCCCAAGGAAAUUAAGGGUUUAACUUCACUUGCAGAACUUGAUCUUUCAGACAACAACAUAUCCAUCCUUCCUCCGGAGAUGGGUUUGCUGGAGCCCAGUUUACAGGUUUUAAAACUUGAUGGGAAUCCACUCAGAAGGAUGAAGGGGAGGGCACAAACCUAUUAAUGAUCCAGCUGCACCCAUAAAAAUAAUUGUUGAGGAAAUGGUUCUGAAAGGGGCCCAAGGCUCAGUUUUGUCUUUGACAUCUUCUACUUGAAAAUUGUCCCAUGUUUUGGAAGCUUAUUAUAAUUAUUAUUUUAUUCUGAUCAUGGUUUGCAUUACCGAUCUGUACCAGUGUAUAGAACAGCUGUCGGUAUAGUACAUACUGAGUUGUACCAAACUGUACUGAGCAUACCGACACAUAAUACACUGGGGUGUACCAAUGUAUCACCCAUACUGAUCCUCUAUCGGACUGGUAUGUACCACCCAUACUGAGCGGUACGUUUCGGUAUGUCAAACCUCGGUCCUGGGAGAUAUUCCAUGUGAAGCUUUUGUAACAGCAAAACCAUUGGUUAUCAUAUUGUGUUUCGAUCUUUUGUAUUGCAGCAUUAGACGACCAAUUCUAGAUCGAGGAACCAAGGCUAUUCUCAAUUAUCUUAAGGAUAAACUUUCAGAUCAGUAGUUCGGCAGUGCAGACACGGGCAUAUUUCCUGCCUUCUGUUAUCAUUCACAGAUCAGAUCAGAUCGCAGCAGUCUUCCAGAUGGCAAAAAUUGGUCUGACAAGAAGCGUUCUGUAGUCAGCUUUUUCCUAAAGCAAAUGGAAGGCCUAAAAUGCUAUGUACCAAAUUUUACCAUGCAUUUUUGUCGCUCAUUCAUUUGACACUUGAGUGUGUUAAUCAUGCUUUGUAAGCUGUUCUUGUGUUGCUUGUUUCCGUAAUACCAAGACAGACAGUUGAUUCUGUUUGCAUUUUCUUUGUUUUAUCAGUUUUGUUUAUGAUUGGAUGUAAAAUGAUGCAUUUUAAUGGAUGAACAAUGUAUGCUGGCUUGA